GUAAAAAGUUAAAUAGCUAUCAACUUCCCAAGAAAAUCCUCUUACAACCACCUGAAGAACAAAAAACUUUCAAGUUAGUUUUUAUGACUGUUUUUCAAGAUUUGAAUAGAUAAGUUCGAAGAGAAAUGCAACACAAAGUAGUUCUCAGCUUAAAAGAAAACCAAAUACUUUGGUAAACAAACUGGAUGGUUAUGGAAAAGGAUGGACAACGCUGCUGCAAAUAAGAACCACAUACAGUGUCCGACAUGGCUGGACCAGAGUGGCUGGUCCUCAGCCUCAUCUCAAGGACUUUCUGUUAACCUGCAAAGCAACCCUCAAAAUCUCACUCUGGGCUCUACCUCUGAUCAAAGACCGUUGUUUGGCCUUCUGGAGACGUCCCAUCAGAGCUCCGUAAGCAAUCUGAACAGCUCAACUUCCAGAAACAACAGCCUCCUAAAGGCUGCCAACAUGACCAGCAUGUUUUCGUCCAACUCAAUUUUUCAUGGCUCCGCAAUCAGCACUGCUUCUCAUGGGACGAACUUUGCCUCACCAUCUCCUUACACGUCUUCAGGUUUGGCAGCAACAAGCCAAAUGAAAACCAUCCCUCAACUUUCCCAACAAAAUCAGGGUCUGCAGGUCUGUGGGGCACAGAAUGUACAUCCUCAGCCCUCCAAUUACAAAAUGUUUCAGACUCCGGUACCUGGUCAUGGCUUAGCACACGGACUUCAAGAUCAGUCCUUUGGUCUUUCAUCAUGUGGACAAAAUGUGAACAUGCCUCAAGCGACGUUCGGGGGACAAAGUAACGACAAUAGAUACCCGAACAGUUUUAGUUCACUUACUUCCAUGGAGCAGCCUCAGUGGGUUCCUUCAUCCAGCAGUGGGGGUGCAGUCUCAUUUGUCCCCGCUAAUGUCGACAAGGCGCCAUCUCUGGAGAAAGGUUUUCCUCCUGCCACUGACGGCAACAAAAGGCGAUCCUCAAUUUUAAAUCAGCGUGCCCAGCUUCUCAAACAACUGGAAAACCUCAAUAAACUUCUCGAAUCGUUGCCUUCAGAUGACAGCAAUGAAGGGGAGCCUUCAAAUGCUGAUGCUCAGACCUGGAAUGAGAACGAAGAGGAGGAGCAGGUAGAUCUGUAUUUAUUUAACCUUCUGUUGGAUUUUUAUAAUCUUAGUUAUUGAGUUACUGCCGGGUUCAAG